ACCGGCAAUUGGCGGUCACCAUCACCCACCUGUUUCCCACACAUAAAAUGAAAAUCCCCUCUCAUUUCCUCUCCCUCUUCUCACUUUUAAACCAAACAGUCCUCCCUCCCCUUAUUCCAGUAUUCACACUCUCUUUCAUUUCUCUCUCCUCAAAUUUAUCCUUUUUUUUCUUAUUAAAAUUCCCUCUCAAAUGAAGCAGCAGCAGAAUCAUCUCUAUAUUAUUUAAUGGAUGCUGAUAAUAAUAAUACUAAGAAGAUCAAACUUGAAGAAGAAGAAAAAAAUCACAUAGCAACUUCUAAAAUGCUAGACACUACUACUUCUAACCACAACAAUAAUACUAUCUUCUCCGAUCAGAUCAUGUUUGGUUACAACAACAAUAACAACUUAUUCGACGUUGCGGCGCAACCGUCGUGUGAGAUGCUGAUGAUGGGAAGCUCUGGUAGUGGAGGAUUUGAUAAGAACAACAACAACAACAAUAACAACUACAUGGGUUUUAUUGAUAUGCUUGGUAUCCAAGAUUAUUAUGGCGGGUCAAGUAAUUCGUUAUUCGAUCUGCUACCACCUCCUAAUACUCCAUUUAUAUCAGCAUCAUCAUCAUCAGUGUCAACCACAAUAUCACAAAGAAUGAUGCAGCAAAACGUGCACACUCAAACAGUACUGGAUCCGUCUCCGAGUAAUUGUUCUACUAUACCUGGAGAAUCAUCGGAGGUUGUUAAUACACCUGCAACACCAAAUUCUUUAUCCAUUUCUUCAUCGUCGUCAGAUGCUGUCAACGAUGAACAACAACAUACUCAGCAGCAGAAGACACAACAGAGUAAGACUGUUGAGGUUGUUAACGAUGAUGUUAACGAUGAUGAGGACAAGACUAAGAAACAGUUGAAGCCAAAAAAGAAGAACCAGAAAAGGCAGAAGGAACCGAGAUUUGCGUUCAUGACAAAAAGCGAGGUUGAUCACCUUGAUGAUGGCUACCGUUGGCGCAAGUAUGGCCAAAAAGCCGUUAAAAACAGCCCUUACCCCCGGAGCUACUAUCGUUGCACCACGGUAGCAUGCGGGGUGAAGAAGCGAGUGGAGCGUUCUUCUGAUGAUCCUACUAUUGUAGUGACAACUUAUGAGGGACAACACACCCACCCGUGUCCGGUUUUGACACGGGGAGGGAUUGGAAUUGGGAUCGGGAUGGGGAUGGGGAUUGGAAUGAUGUCGAAUCCAUCCCUUUUAAAUCAAUGCAGCACCACUCCCACCACACCAUCUGCUAUUGGUGGGAGCGGUCCUGCAUCAUCCCAAACUUUCCUAAUCCAACACCCUCAACACUAUCAGUUUAACAAUAUAUACCCUCAUCAUCAACAACAACAACAACAACAGUUUCCAAGUUAUUUUCUUAACCCCUCGUCUCAAACUUCCUUAAGCUUCUCACCUAGUGGUGGUGGUGGUGGUACUAAUGGUGGCGGCCAACAACCUAACACGAUUGCUCUUCAGAGAAACAUGUCGCGUCCUCCUUGUUCUUCCUCCAUGAACCAGGUUAGAGAUGAUGGACUUCUACAGGAUAUUGUUCCAUCCCAAAUGCGAAAUGAUCAACCAACUAAAGAAGAGUAGGAAAUCUGGAUUACUACAUAUAUUUCUACAUAUAUAUUAUUCUAUAUUCAGAUGAUUAUAAUGUGGGAUUUUUGUUACAUAGUAGUACUAGUAUAUCCUUUUUUUUUUUUGUCUAUUAUUUGCUUUAAUUAGUUUUUAGUAGGUAUUAGUGCUAACAUUUGAGGAUAAUUAAGGUGGCUUCGCCAUCUUUGAAGCAGGAGGAAAGAGGUGGAAGGAAACUCAAUAUUCAUCAUUUUUCAGAAGGCCCUCAGUAAUCUUGGUUUUGGAUUGUGGUUAUUGAUGGGUAAUUUUAAUUGAUUUGGGUUUAUGAAUUUCCUAGAUUCUUUUCUUCUUUUAUUAUACAAGUAUUAUAAAUUCUGUAUAUCAAGCUGUUUCUUAAUUUUUACUUUAAUGGAGAAUAUUCAGUAAUGACUUUUAGCCUUUAA